AUGGACGCUCUCUCCGAUGACGAAGAGUAUGUGUGCCGAGAGCCCCAGAUUAGCAGCCUGGUGGCGACUCGGGGAGAGGCCGCGGCGGGCGGCGCAGCGGUGCAGCGCGUAGGCGCCGCUGUGUGCUGCGCCGUUGAGCGGUUCGUGGCCGUUGGAGAGACCAUCGCGGACGAUAACCCGGACGUACGUCACAGCAUGGUGCUCGCGUGCAAAGAAGCUCGAGCAGCAGGUCGUGCGAUAGAGCGUGUGUGUGCAGGUGGUGAUGGCACCGGCAUGGUGUCGGCGGCGCGCGCGCUGUUGGCCUCAGUCACCAGAGUACUGUUACUGGCCGACAUGGUUGUCGUACGGCAACUACUCCUCGCUAAAGAUAAGGUGGCACGAUCGUUAGAUCGUUUAGAGUCAGUAUCGAACUUUGCCGAGUUCGUACGUGCCUUCACGGAGUUCGGAGGAGGGAUGGUGGAGCUUGCAAGAUUGACAGCAGAAAGAAGGGCCGACCUUAGAGACGAGAGGAGAAGAGCACAAGUGGCAGCUGCGAGAAAUGUCCUUGAACGGUCAACUUUAAUGCUACUUACCUCAUCCAAGACCUGUUUGCGGCAUCCGGGCAGUGCAUCCGCGCGGGAAAACCGGGACACGGUCUUCUGUCAGAUGCGGCGCGCCAUGGACCUCAUACAUUAUGUGGUGCGGGACGGGCUGCCGGGCCACGAGGAGCACUCCCACGAGUUGCAACCUUUCUCGGAUAGUCACGAGCAGGCUGCGCAGUGGGAGGCGGGUACGGCGUUGGGCGCGCUACGCGGCCUGUCCACGCAAGUGAGAGCGGCGAGGGCGCGCGGCGGCGCGGACGCGGCGAGGAGGAGAGCGCUGGCCGCCACACUCAGAGCGCUCGUCGAACGAACACACGAUUUCACGGACUCUGCUUAUACCUCACACGAGCACAGACAAAGGAUACUUGCGCUCGCUGAAAGAAUAGCUUAUGAACUGGAAAGACUUGUCGCAGUCGCCGUGUCAUUAGAAGAACAAGGUGGUAGUGUAGCAGCUCUAGAAAGUGCGUGUACUGGAGCUACUAGUGCAGCAUCCGAACUAGAACGCGCACUGGUGGCUGCAGCGAGAGAACAAGCCCGAGACUUGUCGUCACUCGCUGAGGAGGCGAGGAAACUUGCUUCCGACCUUGCACACAUAGCUAGUUCCUGUGGUGAGAGAGAAUCAGAGAGACUGCACAGUAUAGCGAGUCGGCUGCACGAGCAACUAGAUCACAUAAUUGAGGUUUGCAAACUGUUAAGACACAUAGCGAUGUCGGAAACGUUGCAAGUGAGCGCGAAGUUCGCCGAGAUAAACCUGCGGAUAUACGGGCCGCAAGUGGUGACGGCGGCGCGCACGCUGGCGGCGCACCCGGGCAGCGCGGCGGCGCGCGAGAACCUCGACGUGUUCGUGGACAUGUGGGCGUGGCUGCUGGCGGACGCGGCGCGCCUGGCGCGCGGCCUGCUGGGCCUCGCCGCGCCGCGCCAGCAGCAGUACUGCAGCCUGCCGCGCCCGGGCAAACAUGGAACGACAAGUAAACCCUUAAAAGCGGUACGAUUAGAUUCCGACGAACAAGCGAAAAUUGCCAAAUCGGGCUUAGAAAUGAAAAUGAUGUCUUCCGAGAUGGACGCGGAGACGGAUAAAUGGCAAGGUGCCGACGAAAACAACGACAUUGUGAAGAGGGCAAAAAAUAUGUCUUCCAUGGCCUUCGCUAUGUACCAGUUCACCAAAGGUGAAGGUCGCCUCAACACUACACAAGACCUCUUCACACAAGCCGAAUACUUUGCGGAAGAAGCUAAUAGAUUGUAUAAAAUCGUUCGACAGUUUUCCUAUCAGGUGCCUGCUGGGACAAUAAAAAAAGAGCUGUUAGAACAUUUAGAUAAAGUACCAACCUACGUCCAACAACUCCAGUUCACGGUGAAGGAGCCGACGGUAGGCCGCGCGGCUACAUUUAGCAAAGUCGACAACGUCAUUCAAGAAACCAAACAUCUCAUGAAUGUCAUAAGCAAAGUCGUCACGACGUGCUUCGACUGUGCAAAUAAGGUACCUUUGCCGUGGGAGAAGAGUGUGGGAGUGAUUAAAAGACACCAGAGUGUUGCACCCGUUAAGUACUUUAAAGAUUAUAUUUCAUUUGUGAUAUUAAAAAGUAUGUUCGAGAAUUAG